AUGUGUCUGACACGUCUGAGGCUCCAGGGAUAUGGAGCAGCCGCGGUGGCUUCCGUCUUAAAGGGGCCGCGGCGGCCGGAGGAGGAGGAGGAGGUGGAGGUGGAGGUGGGGCGCCCUCUGGUCUGCGCUCCCAGCCUCCGCGCCUCGGCCUGCGGGGCCCGGGUGGCGGUCAAGAAGAUCCGCUGCGACGCCCCGGAAAACGUGGAGCUGGCGCUGGCGGAGUUCUGGGCCCUGACCAGUCUCAAGCGGCGCCACCAGAACGUGGUGCAGUUUGAGGAGUGUGUCCUGCAGCGCAACGGCCUAGCCCAGCGCAUGAGCCAUGGCAACAAGAACUCGCAGCUUUACCUGCGCCUGGUGGAGACCUCGCUCAAAGGAGAAAGGAUCCUGGGUUAUGCUGAGGAGCCCUGUUAUCUCUGGUUUGUCAUGGAGUUCUGUGAAGGUGGAGACCUGAAUCAGUACGUCCUGUCCCGGAGGCCGGACCCAGCCACCAACAAAAGCUUCAUGCUACAGCUCACAAGCGCCAUUGCCUUCCUGCACAAAAACCACAUCGUGCACAGGGACCUAAAGCCAGACAACAUCCUUAUCACGGAGAGGUCUGGCACCCCCAUCCUCAAGGUGGCAGACUUUGGACUAAGCAAGGUCUGUGCUGGGCUAGCCCCCCGAGGCAAAGAGGGUAAUCAAAACAACAAAAAUGUGAAUGUGAAUAAAUACUGGCUGUCCUCAGCCUGCGGCUCAGACUUCUACAUGGCCCCUGAAGUCUGGGAGGGACACUACACAGCCAAGGCUGACAUCUUUGCCCUGGGCAUUAUCAUCUGGGCAAUGAUAGAAAGAAUCACUUUCAUUGACUCUGAGACCAAGAAGGAGCUCCUGGGGACCUAUAUCAAACAGGGGACCGAGAUCGUCCCUGUUGGUGAGGCGCUGCUAGAAAAUCCAAAGAUGGAGUUGCACAUCCCCCAGAAACGCAGGACUUCCAUGUCUGAGGGGAUCAAGCAGCUCUUGAAAGAUAUGUUAGCUGCUAACCCACAGGACCGGCCUGAUGCCUUUGAACUUGAAACCAGAAUGGACCAGGUCACAUGUGCUGCUUAAAAUUCAGGGCAAAGCAUCUUGGUUGUUUUUAAACUAGGUUGAUCCCCGGGACCCACAGUCUCGUCAAGUCUCACAGAGGACGGCAGAGGGUACAGGUGCCCGGCCAGCGGCCAUCUCCCGACAGCUGGAGCUCCAGCAAUGUGAAGCUUUGUUUGCAUUUUCUCCCUUCAGUUUUGUUUAAAUUUUUUUGUCUUUUUUUUUUUUUUUUUAAUUUAAACAAUUUAAGACUUCAAAAGAGCAGAAGCUCUGCUGUGGACAGGCACCAGUUUCUUUAAAGAAAUUUAAUAUGGACAAAG